AGCCCCGCCCCCGGCUUCCAUUUCUGUUUCUGGCUACACGGCGCUAGAGAGGAGAAUCUCCGUUUUUUCUAUGUAUAUAUCUUCAUGUAAAUAAAAUAUAUACUUUCCCCUUUCAAGCACCUAAGCCGAAACGAGACCAGCUCAUCAGAAAAACUGGAAAAGCUACGGAAGCUGGCCUUUAAUUUUACAUUUUAACUUCGCUACGCUACCGAACGGCGUUUUUCCGCCGUUUUUUUCUUUCGCCCCACUCACUCUCCCCCCGUGAGAGUCGGGGCCUGUGUUUUAGCCACGAGGUACGUCGGACCAGCGGGAAUCGGGAGAUGGCGGAGUUCGGAAACGGACUGGCAGAGGAAUCGAUGCUGGAUUCAGACACUGGUCAUCCGGAGCUGGAGGACCCCGGUGUGGGUGACGAAGAACCAGGACUAGAAGAGGGAGAGGCCGCUAUCGAGGACCCGGAGCUGGAGGCGAUUAAAGCCCGGGUGCGAGAGAUGGAGGAGGAAGCAGAGAAGUUGAAGGAGCUACAGAACGAGGUGGAGAAACAGAUGAACUUGAGCCCUCCACCUGCAGGUCCUGUCAUCAUGUCCAUUGAGGAGAAGAUGGAGGCCGACGGGAGGUCAAUUUACGUAGGAAAUGUGGAUUACGGCGCGACGGCGGAGGAGCUGGAGGCUCAUUUCCACGGCUGCGGCUCCGUCAACAGAGUCACCAUCCUGUGUGACAAGUUCACUGGGCAUCCCAAAGGGUUUGCGUAUAUUGAAUUUGCAGAUAAGGAGUCAGUGCGGACGGCCAUGGCUCUGGACGAGUCCCUGUUUAGAGGAAGGCAGAUAAAGGUGGGCGCCAAGAGGACGAACAGGCCGGGCAUCAGCACCACAGACCGCGGGUUCCCCCGGGCGCGCUUCCGCUCACGGGGAGGGAACUUCGCCUCGUCCCGGGCGCGGUACUACAGCGGAUACACGCCGCCCAGAGGCAGAGGACGGGCCUUCAGGAGCCCGCCCCCUAUGUAUGCAAAACCUGAGGUGGAUCAAAGUGCUGUGCAGUGGGAGUCUGGGGUGUCUCCCUGGAGAGUCUGUCCAGCAGUGUCUGUCAGUAUGAGGGGCCGAGGGCGAUCGACAUCGUGGUAUUCCCCUUACUAAUAACCCCCCAACCCCCUUACUUUCAACCCCUCUUUAAACUCCACCUCCCUCCCCCCAACAAAAAAAAAGAAAAAUGCCCCCAAAAUGGAAGAACAACCAGAAGAAAAAAAAAAAAAGACAAAAAAAAGAAAAGAAAAAAAAAAAACUUCUGCUGGAGCGAGAAACAGACAGACAGACUGGCCGCAGUGUGCGAUUGUGUGUUGCGUGCGUGUGCGGAGGUGGUGCGGUCACUCUGGUAAGGUAUUGGCGGCCAUGGCGGAGAUUUUGGCGGAUCUCUGAGAAGACGAUGUAAUGUCAGGCUGCAGAUGUGUGUCCUCGUCUGGCUGUGAGACGUGCACUGUCCGUGCACACACACACACACACACACACAGCAACGACAGGAAAAAGUAUUGCUAUCGUUUGUAUGGAAGUUAAAUAGUUUUAAGUUGUCGGUACUGGGAGUGUCUUGUAUCACCCUUUUUUUCUGAUGUCUGAAUUUAUCCCCCUGCCUCCCUUUACUCAUGACUUUUGUUCAUCCAUCCCCCCACUCCCCCGGUCCCCUUCCUUAGCUGUGUCCAGGAUCUUCUAAGCCUGGGACGGUCUGAGGAGGACUGGACCAUUUGCUUGUUCUGUGGGUUACACGUUUUAGGUGGGGUCUCAGGGUUUUUGUUUUUAUUUUUGGGAAAGAGCUCUGAUGUACUCCCCUUAGUACUCCUAACAUUCAUGAUUGUAGAAUGCAUGGCCAGAGGUCUGCUUUUUGUUUUGUUUUGUUUUGAUCAGGUCACGCUCCCUUCCAACCUUUUC